AGAGCAUUAGCACUUUAGUCAGAAUUGAAUCUGCCACUGUCAAUGUCAAAAUAGCGAAACAGUGGCGUGCCGGUAGGAUAAAGCUGCUGUAGACAGAGGACCAUGACAGACCAUAAAACAGUUAAAGAGCAAAAAUAUGAUCGACAACUCAGGUUGUGGGGUGAUCAUGGACAGGAAACUCUUGAAAAUGCCCAUGUGUGUCUCAUCAAUGCCACAGCAACUGGCACUGAAAUACUCAAAAACCUUGUGCUUCCAGGCAUUGGAGCCUUCACCAUAGUUGAUGGACACAAAGUGUCAGGGGAGGAUGUUGGAAACAACUUCUUCCUCAGCAACAACAGUAUUGGAAAGAACAGAGCUCAAGCUGCGAAUGAACUUCUACAGGAGCUUAAUAGUGAUGUGUCUGGAAACUUUGUAGAAGAGACUCCUGAUAAACUUUUGGACAAUGACCCUGAGUUUUUUCACAGAUUCAGUCUAGUAAUUGGUGUGCAACUUUCAGAAAGCACAUGUUUAAGGUUGGCCGUUGUGUUAUGGGAGGUGGGUGUGCCAUUCCUUGUAUGUAGAACAUAUGGACUUAUUGGUUAUAUGAGGCUUGCUGUUAAGGAACACACAGUGGUUGAGUCUCAUCCAGACAAUGCGUUAGAGGACCUAAGGCUGGACCACCCAUUCACAGAGCUCAAAGCCCAUUUAGAGACCUAUGACCUGGACAACAUGAAUAAGAAGGAUCACAGCCAUACACCCUGGAUCAUUAUUAUUGCCAAAUACUUGGAAAAAUGGUAUAGUGAGCACAACUCUCAGUUACCAAAGAAUUAUAAGGAGAAGGAAGCUUUCAGACAACUUCUCAGAGAAGGAAUCCUAAAGAAUGAGAGGGGGACACCUGAGGAUGAGGAGAACUUUGAGGAGGCCAUCAAGAAUGUGAACACCGCUUUGAACCCAACCAAGAUCUCAAGCACUGUUGAGGACAUUUUUAACGCUGAGCAGUGUGAAAACAUUACCUCACAGAGCCCGUCCUUCUGGGUGAUGGCACAUGGAGUUCGAGACUUUGUUCGAAAUGAGGGAAACGGUAGCCUGCCUGUGCGAGGAACCGUCCCGGACAUGAUUGCUGAUUCUGACAAAUUUAUCAAGUUACAAAACGUCUAUAGAGAGAAAGCAAUGAAAGAUGCUGCAGUUGUGUCCAAACAUGUUGAAUCACUUUUACAGUCAGUUGGAAAGCCUCCAGAGAGCAUCUCUGAACAAGAAAUAAAGCUCUUCUGUAAGAAUUCAGCUUUCCUAAGGGUGGUGCAGUGCAGGUCUCUGUCUGAGGAGUACAGUGUGGACACUUUUAGUAAAGAUGAAAUCACGUCCUGCAUGGACAGCCCUGACAAUGAGAUGGUCCUCUACCUCAUGCUUCGCUCAGUCGAACGCUUCUAUCAACAACACUCACGUUACCCAGGUGUCUACAAUUACCAGGUUGAAGAAGACAUCAAUAAACUCAAGUUGUGUGUAAACGGUCUACUACAGGAGUACAGUCUGAAUGUCAAUGUGAAAGAUGACUACAUCCAUGAGUUCUGUCGUUACGGAGCUGCCGAGCCACACACAGUAGCAGCUUUUUUGGGAGGAUCAGCUGCUCAAGAAGCCAUCAAAAUCAUCACACAUCAGUUUGUACCUUUCAACAACACGUUCAUCUAUAACGCCAUGGCACAGACUUCUGCUACUUUUCAGCUGUAGAACAAUCUUCUCUUCUCCAUCACUUUUUCAUUCCUUUAUCAAAGUGUUGAAUGAGCAAAAUCAUAGAUUUUUGGGGGGAUGGUUUUGCUCUUUAGCCUGUCGCACACCAGACAAGACCUGUUGCGUUUUUUCUAUGUUAUUGCACACUAGAGUCACAGCAGAGCACUGUGGACGGAUGCUGCCAGUGUGUGUUACUCACAAAAAAUAAUGUGUUCGAAUUUAAAUAUGUGGCGUGAUGCGGCGCUGCACUUCUUGCCAAGUGUUCGCCCCCCUUUUGACAAUACCAGAAUUGAUGCUGCAUAUUGAAUAAACAAUAUGUUUCAAAUGCU